UUACGUUUUUUCGAAUCUCUUUUUAGAGUUUUUAACCUAUCAAAAGUUCUUUCGAGAAUCGCGUUUUUCUCCUCUCGUCUUCUUUCUCUCCCUUCUUUCUUCUUCGCGACUUGUUUUUCUUUUGUUUAUUAUUUUUUCUUCCCGUAUUUGUCUUUGUCCGCGCUCGGUACGUUACGCGGCGUCUUGCUUGAAUGUUUCCUACUUUGUCCGUCUCCAUCUUACUUCGGCGUCGUUUCUCUUUCUCUUUCUUUCUCGCGCGCGCUCCGCCUCCGUCUCUUUUUCCACCGGUGUUUACCCCGGCAAUACGACGAUCGCUUAAGUGCACGGACGAGCACACACAACGUGACGCUGCGUGACGCGUUCUGUACGUGCACAGAAGACUCGUCAUACUCGGUGCCUCGUGUGGGAGAGCGUUGGAGCAAGAGGGGCUGACGCGCGGGUACGAGUGAAACGGCGGCGGCACGUAGCUUGUAGGGAAAGGCGGAGAGAGGAAGGAGAGCAGUAGCUAGCCGGUGGUGCGUCGUCGUCGGGUGCUUCCCUAACCUCCAAAACGGUCUCUCUUCACAACGAACCGACGCGUACGGUACACGUACGACGCUUGUCUGCCACCUCGACGUGCGCGCCGAGUGAAGUUGCCUACGAUUCGCUAAACGUGUCGCGCACACAAAAUCCGCAGUCAGCGCUGCUUCUUUCCUCCCGUGUCGUGAGCGAUUUAUACGAAAAUAACUCGCGUGUGGUGCGGUAUAUCGUGUCGAUUCCUGAACUAACUGAUCGCGCGUACGUAAAAAAAAAAAACUCCGUGGAAUCGUGAGAAUCAACUAAAGUCGACGAUCGAGUUUCGUUAUUUGAAAUUUGUAUAUUGCUGUGUCACGUUUGUGUGAUUCUGCCGGAAAGACGCCGUUUUCUACCUACGGAUAUCUUCGCCGAAUAUAUUCUCUUCUCUGCCCAGUUGGACGUUUUCUUCCACCAUCGUCGUCGGCUCUACCUGGGAACCUACCGUAGGUCUAAAUAAAAAAAAAAAAAAAAACGAUAGAUUGAUCUGUGUUCAGUACACCGGCGGAAAAUACGUGUGAAGAAUUUAGACAGUAUGAUGAUGGCAAACCUACCCCCUGUUAUGCUGCCACCUAUUACGGACUACGGGAUGUUAACGCCUACGCUUGGAAUAAAGGUAAGAAUUCCAGACCUUUCGAAUUUUCGUCCGUUUCCUACAGCGCCGUUUCCGGUGGUGAGUGUCCAGGAAUUCCAGUACGCGCGUGGGACGGGCGCGUCCCUGACGAUGAGGGGUAGCGACGAGCUUCUGUCGCAAAGCGGGGCAGUCAGCAAUGGUGCUUCAAUGAGUCCGCAACCACAUCAUGCAGCCGACAACAACAAUGACGCGAAGAAGGUUAAGCUCGACAAGAGUCACAGCGGCAAACCUUCCAGAGUCAUUCAUAUUAGGAACAUACCUAACGAGGUGACCGAGGCGGAGGUCAUUCAUCUGGGUCUGCCGUUCGGACGCGUCACCAAUGUCCUCGUUCUCAAAGGCAAAAAUCAGGCAUUUCUGGAGAUGGCGGACGAGAACGCAGCGGCGACGAUGGUGACUUACUACGCUUCCGGCCUGGCGCAGCUCAGGGGAAGAGCGGUCUACGUGCAAUUCAGCAAUCACCGUGAACUCAAGACGGAUCAAACGCACUCCAACAACGCGGUCAGUAGCCCAACAAAUGAUGUCGCCAACACUUCUGAGAAUCCGUCUAGCCAGGUCGCCAUGACCGGACAGAAUCAGGUGUCCAACGCCGGCGAGACUCAGGGCGGACCCAAUACGGUGCUUCGCGUCAUCGUGGAACACAUGCUGUACCCGAUCACCCUCGACAUCCUCUAUCAGAUUUUUACGCGAUUCGGCAAAGUUCUGAAGAUCGUCACCUUCACGAAGAACAGUUCUUUCCAGGCCCUCAUACAGUACUCGGACAUGCUGUCGGCACAAUCAGCUAAAUUCUCACUGGAUGGCCAGAACGUCUACAAUUCCUGCUGCACGCUGCGCAUCGAUUAUAGCAAGAUGCAAAAUCUCAACGUCAAGUACAACAACGACAAAUCGCGGGACUACACCAACCCGAAUCUUCCGACCGGUGACGCAAAUCUCGACGCCGCGUCGCUCGCUCUCGGUGGCGAAUUGCUACCCCAGUUGCUAAUGGGAGCCGGCUCGCAGCCACGUGCCAGAAUUCCCGUAGAGUCCAUUGCAGGGGCACCGGGUGUGCUGCCCACGCCCUUUGCCGCCAUGCACGGCCUCCCCUCGCCCUUGGCAGGUCCGUACAACGGUGUACCGCCGGCCGGAGGACUCGCCGGACUCGGUGGAUUUCCUCUCGGUGCUGCUGGUCUCGGUGUGCGGGUGCAGGGAAGCGCGCAGGCAUCGGCGGUGUUGCUUGUCAGCAAUCUCAACGAGGAGAUGGUCACGCCUGACGCUCUCUUUACCCUGUUUGGCGUUUACGGGGAUGUACAGCGUGUGAAAAUCCUCUACAACAAAAAGGACUCGGCACUAAUACAGAUGGCCGAACCUCAUCAGGCGCUUUUAGCGCUGACUCACAUGGACAAGUUACGAGUGUUUGGGAAACAGAUCAAAGUGAUGCUCAGCAAACACCAAACUGUUCAGUUGCCAAAAGAAGGUCAGCCGGACGCGGGUCUCACGAAAGAUUAUACCAACAGCACGUUGCAUCGGUUCAAGAAACCAGGCUCGAAGAACUAUCAGAACAUCUAUCCGCCAAGCGCGACUCUGCAUUUAUCAAACAUUCCAGCUACGGUAGCUGAGGAAGAGAUCAAAGAAGCCUUCACCAAGAACGGCUUCACCGUCAAGAACUUCAAAUUCUUCCCCAAGGACAGGAAGAUGGCUCUUAUACAGCUGCCUAACAUGGACGACGCAGUGGCUGCGCUGAUCAAAAUGCACAACUACCAGCUCAGCGAGUCCAACCACCUGAGGGUAUCGUUCUCCAAAAGCAACAUCUAACAAGAAUCGCCACCGCACGAGCAGCAGUGGUACCAGCCCUACGCCCUAGUCCCCCUUUGGUCACCCGCUUCGGUCUACGACUGAUGGUUCCUCAGCUGAAUAUGCUCAGGUGCUCGUCCGUUUCCUGUGGGAGUCGCGACGCUGCUUAUCUCGGCUGACUGCAUUUAUAUGCGAGAAAAAAAAAAAAAAAAAUCUACAUAUGAGACUUGCAUCGCGCAAAACUCGGACACCGAAGCAGCAACAGCGGAAGCAGCAGCAAGACAAGUAGACACAGGCACUACCUCGUCCGCGAGCUUAGGAUGCUUUUUUCGAGGCCUUGCCAUUGUUUGUUGGGACGUCUUUACAACACGUGUGCGCGAUUUUUCCGCAUCCGGUUGAUUGAUUUCUAUAUUCAAUUCGAGGGUCGCUAGGGUGUUUACGGGGGGGAUGUACCAAAGCUGCGAGCGAUGGAGAGAGAAAGACGAAUUUCGCGAAGACGGCCUUCCCGAAGGUAGUUUCCGUUGGCUUCUGAGAUGCGGGUUUAUCGUGAUGAUUUCGUAAUUUUAGAAAACAAGAAAAAAAACAGAGAUGAGAGGCAACAUUUUUAAAUGACGAAUCAUGAGGGAAAGAGAGAGAGAGAGAGUGAGAGAGAGAGAGAAAGAGGGAGGGAAAGAUAGAAAGAUACCGCGAUCACACGCGAAAGCGUGCAGUAAUAAGAGCCGUUGUGUGAAAUGAAACGAAACUGCAGAGAGAGAGAGAGAUAGAGGAAGAUGUUUUAGAGGAAACGGGAAGCAGAAAGAAUCUGACAGCCGGGUUAAUAAAAAUAAUAAUGUAAUGUAGAGAAAGUGUAGCAAAAAAAAGUGCGAAAGUGUUGAAAGUAUUUGAAGAAAAAUGUUUAGGGUUUUAAACACGGGAAGCGACACAGUUUGGAAAACAGUCGACUCUUGUACAGAGUUAAAUGUCUAGGGCAGAUUUAAAAAAAAAAAAAAAAAAAGAUAUAUAUUAUUGUACAUGUAAAAUCUCCACGAUUGUGUGUGCGCGCGGUCUCCACGGACCGCCACGCCGAUUACGAUUAAGGUUUUUCAAAGUUGCGUGGACACAAAAAAGGGGGGCGACCGUCUCGCGCGACGGGCGCGCCCGGUAAUAUCAGCUCCGAAGCCAGGUUCACACACCGCCGUCAGCGUGCUCGUUCGACGAGAGCAUACGCGCGUGAGAGGAAGAGAAAGAGAGAGAGAAAAAAAAA